ACUCUCUGUGCGGAGGAUUCUGAUUGGACGCGUCCGGAGCAGCAUCCACUGUGGAUUUCAUUUACAUUUUUAUUUUCAAUCUGCAGUUUGGAAACAUUCCCAGCUCUUCAGGACCCAUCCUCUUUGUUUCCAAACGAAAUGCUGACUCCAUGCUGAGAGUCGCAAAAUAAACAUCUCUUCCUGCUUUCCUCCUCCGGGCGUAAUGCAUCAGCAAAGUUCAGGAUCUGACCUCAAUUCCAGCAGUGACCUGCUGGCUUCUCACUGCAACUGGACAGCAGUGGACAGGACCCCACAGCUGCCUACUUUUUCCACAGCAGCGAAAGUCAGAGUGAUCAUUACCUUCACCCUGUGUGGCAUAUCUACUCUCUGCAAUCUGGCUGUUCUCUGGGCAGCCAGCGGCCAGAGACGCAAAUCACACGUACGCGUUCUGAUCGUCAACUUGACAGCAGCGGAUCUCUUGGUGACAUUUAUUGUGAUGCCGGUGGAUGCUGUGUGGAACAUCACUGUCCAGUGGCUUGCUGGAGACCUGGCGUGUAGGUUUCUGAUGUUCCUCAAGCUGCAGGCCAUGUACUCGUGUGCUUUUGUCACCGUGGUGAUAAGCCUGGACAGACAGUCGGCGAUCCUCAACCCUCUGUUGACAAGCAUGGCUCCCAAGAGGAAUAGGAUCAUGCUGAUGAUAGCGUGGGCAAUGAGUGCUUUGCUCUCCGUCCCUCAGAUGUUCAUUUUCCAUAAUGUAACCAUUACCGAUCCAGCCAACUUUACCCAGUGCACCACUAGGGGAAGCUUUGUCACUCACUGGCAGGAAACGGCCUACAAUAUGUUCACCUUCUCCUGGCUCUUCCUGCUGCCACUGGCCAUUAUGAUCACCUGUUACAGCAGGAUCUUCAUCCACAUCUCUGAGCAGAUGACCAAAAAAAACGUGUCUACUGAUGAACCACACCUUCGCUGCUCAAAGAACAACAUCCCAAAAGCCCGAAUGAGAACGCUGAAGAUGAGCAUCGUUAUUGUUGUUUCCUUCAUAGUAUGCUGGACUCCUUACUACCUGCUGGGACUUUGGUACUGGUUCUUCCCUGACGACCUGGAGGGGAAAGUCUCACACAGCCUCACCCACAUCCUGUUUAUCUUCGGGCUAUUUAACACCUGUCUCGACCCCAUCAUCUAUGGCCUGUUUACCGUACGCUUCAACAGAAGACUAAGAAACAACUAUAGCAGGGCUACCAUCAUGUCGGGGCUGGACACCAACAUGGUCGCAGUGGAGUCUGUGAAAUAUACUUUAUCUGCUUUACCUUCUAAAGGAGGAUCCCCAGAGGGAGAAAACGAUAACUGGGGACAAAAUGAGCAAAAAUCCGCUGACUGCAGCUUCUGAAUGGAUUCAGCUAUUGAGGAUGAGGUCAUCAUUUGGGCACAGAG